CUUUCAUGUCGCCGGUUGCUGUGGGAAAUGUCGCCCGCCACAGCGACGAAACGAAAACAAGGACCAAAAUCCAUCGGCUCUUGCCUAUGCUUCACUUCUUUUUUUCUGUAUGCAUUAUAUAUCUGUCGCGCGUAUCGCAGUAAAUCAAGCCGUACAAGGUGCUUUGCAAGCUGCAACAAACAUUCAGCGUAUCAGGCAUUUGUUCUGCUGGCAUUUACCUCGAGAAGAUACAUUUCCUUCAGGAGGGUUGCAGUAACGGUCCUAUUUUCUGCUUUCACUGGAGCCCUUCACAUUCUACGCAAUGAGCGCUGCGGACACAGGCCUCAGCUCAGGCCCAGGGCGGAAUCUAAUUAUCAUAGCUUUUGUUCAUUCAGGCCUCGUAUCAGAUUUUCAAUUGUUUCUUGUUCUCCUCUAAUUAACAGCGCAACGCGCCCAAUAUGUUUCAGCUGGUCUUGUUCUCGUUGCUGGUCACCGGUCUGUCGAGUUUCGAGCCACAAUAACGUUGCUACUGUUUCCAUCGUUUAUAUAUACGAGAAGGCCCUGGCCCGAUAUGCUUACAUCCUGUCCGCUCUCCUUUAUUGUGCGAAAGGGUCGUGACAAUUGCUACUCCGAAGACUGAUGAGGACGGCUGGGAUACGUGCGGCUCCUUGCAUUCGUCCUCUGCUUCUC